GGUGGUCGGUAUUGGCUGAGGCGACAGUCUUCCGGUGUGGGCCGGCUUGUUUGGGUACUGCCGUCACGCUAUGGCGGCGCGCAGAGCUGAAUUAGCGUGUGUCGAAGGCAGCCGUGCUGUGGGGUCCGAACCGAGUUUUGAACAGCCGCAGGACCAACGUGAGGGAGAGAAGACGGUGGUGGCAGUCGCACCGCGAGUGGCAAGAGUUGACUCUGAGAAUGGGACUUCCCCUUCCUCUCCUUGCACACCUCAAAAUCUACUCCAGAGGGUGUCCCUCUGCACAGGAGACUGCAGAGAAGAGCCAAACAGCAGUGUUGGAUGCAACUAUACAUCUUCAAAGUGUAUGCUGCUUACUAUGGAAGAAUCACAAAACUGUGAAUUUGGAAGUAGCAGCCCGGAACAGCUGAGAAACAUUGCGCUAAACACAAUGCUGCAACAUUCAGAAGCAAAUUUUGAUGGCACAGAAAAUGCAGGUUCAUUGGACGAGGUGGAGGAUUACAUUGUCAGAAACAGAAAUUUGUUGGGAACUGCAUACUGUGCUCAAGAACUGCGAGAGGAGACACCAGGAAGAGAAGAAACUCGUACUGAGCCUCCUGAUGGCCAGCAAGACCCAGAAAGUGAGAAAAGCAAAGAGAAAACCUUAGGAAAAGAAGUACUCUUAUUGAUGCAAGCUUUAAAUACUCUAGCUACACCAGAAGAAAAGUUGGCAGCACUCUGCAAGAAAUAUGCUGAUCUGUUAGAGGAGAGCCGGAAUGUUCAAAAGCAAAUGAAGAUGCUGCAGAAGAAACAGGCACAGGUUGUAAAAGAGAAGGUCCACCUGCAGAGUGAGCAUAGCAAGGCUAUUCUAGCACGCAGCAAACUGGAAUCUCUCUGUCGUGAGCUUCAACGCCAUAAUAAGACUUUAAAGGAAGAAAACAUGCAACAAGCCCGUGAAGAGGAGGAGAGACGUAAAGAAGCAACUGCACACUUUCAGAUCACAUUGAAUGAGAUUCAGGCUCAGUUGGAACAGCAUGGCAUACACAAUGCAAAGCUUUGCCAGGAAAAUAUUGAAUUGGGAGAAAAGCUGAAGAAACUCAUAGAACAAUAUACACUGCGAGAAGAACAUAUGGACAAAGUCUUCAAGCAUAAAGAACUGCAACAGCAGCUGGUGGAUGCCAAGCUUCAGCAGACAACUCAGCUUAUAAAAGAAGCCGAAGAAAAGCAUCAGAGAGAGAGGGAGUUUCUACUAAAAGAGGCUACUGAGUCCAGACACAAAUGUGAACAGAUGAAACAGCAAGAAGCUCAGUUAAAACAGCAGCUUUCUCUCUACAUGGAUAAAUUUGAAGAAUUCCAGACAACAAUGGCAAAGAGUAAUGAACUUUUCACAACGUUCAGACAAGAGAUGGAAAAGAUGACCAAGAAGAUCAAAAAACUGGAAAAAGAAAUAAUAGUUUGGCGUACAAAAUGGGAAAACAACAACAAAGCUCUUUUGCAAAUGGCUGAAGAAAAAACAGUUAAGGACAAAGAAUACAAAGGCUUCCAAAUAAAGCUGGAUCGUUUGGAAAAGCUGUGCAGGGCUCUUCAAACGGAAAGAAAUGAGCUGAAUGAGAAGGUGGAAGUCCUUAAAGAACAGGUUUCUGUAAGAGAAGCAGAUGUUGAUCUAGCUGUACACAUGUUGCAGUCAUGCACACUCAAUUCUCAUAAGAAGCUGGGAAGUUCUACCAAUGGAGCGCAAGAAGGAAUCCAACCAGAUGCUGAAAUAUCAGUGGCAAAUGAAGGCUCUGAAAAAACUGUCUGCCUGGAUUCAAUUCCUACCACAGAUUUUGUUGACUAAAGUAUAAACACUGUAUUGAGAGAUAUAUUUUGUGUAUAACUUUAACUGGUGGUGGUAUCUAUUAGUUUUGUGGUGAAAAAUUUCUUACUUUUUCUACCAUAUCUGUAUUUUCUUAGAACAGAACAGAACUUGCCUGGUACAGGAAGCUGCAUAGCGGCUAUUGAAUAGCUUAUCUAUAAAUUUUCCACAACCGUGUUGCACAUCUGCCUCAUUUUUUAAAACAAACUAUCAUAAAAGAUGCAUGCAAAUUCCUUCCUUUUGACCCCAUAGCACACAUCACCAUGUCAUCUAAGACUCGUGUACAGAUUUGACAUCAUGUCAGGGGAGCAACUGUGACCAGUGUGUCACAGACUCUGUUGAGGGGAGGGUUUUGCUUCUAUUAAGUGAAUUAAGGUUUUAUAUUGAAUUGUAAUUACCAAUGCUACAGUAAACUAUAAUUGGAGAAGUGAUGGCUAGUGGAAGCACAUAUUGUGUAAACAAAACUAAAAAAAAUCUUAACAGGGUUUAGUGUAGCUGCAGUCUUGCCUACAGCUUUGAAAUCAAUAUAAUUUUGCAACUGGAAAAACAGGGUGUACAACUCACAUAUUUCUCAGGAUAGUCCUGCACAGUCAAUGUAUAGAUGGAGUAACUGUUGCCUGACCUGUUAAAGUGAAGAAACAAGGGCAGAAAACAGGUACUCAAGCUUUGUCCAAACAACCACUGACAAGUGCAUUUUAAGUACACACUUGUAUCCUGCAGAAGUGUUUUUUAAGCUACAAGUUAAAGUCUGCUGUCUACAAAUAUAUGUGCAUAGUUGCAGCUUGUCACAACAAACUGCAAUGGGUUUUUGGUUGGUGGGUGCCAGGCAAAAGUGCACUUUUUCUGCCAUUAUUUCUUCACUAGGUUUGGUGCCUAUCUAUUGUGAAAUAAUGAUCUUGUACAAAGGUGUUCAUCACUGAAAAUGAGUGAACAAUAAUACUCCAUGUGUUGCUCCAAUUUAAUACAGUAGAUCAUAAUGCACAUAUUUGACUGGAAAUAUGCUCUCAUGAAAACCUAUUUGCAUAUUUAACAAUGUAGGUCAGAGUAUAGAUAAUAAAACCUGUCUUGUUUAGACACGGGGUGAAUGGAGAAUACUCAGAUCUAAUUUCUCAACUGCUGCUUUUUGUAAAAUAAAGUGUAUGUCUCAACAAAA